CUAGAGACCCUAACCUAGAACAUUCCAUAAUUCCAUCCCAAUUUCUUUCAAAUUUUGCACACAUCUAACAAGAUACCCCAAAUCUUCCAAUUCUCCUCCCUCCCUUCCCUCCCAGGCGCAGGCAGCGGGCGCGCGGCGAACCUGCCCCCAGCCAGCCGCGACGCCGCCACUGCGACUGGUGGCGGCGCCCGUGCUCCGAUGGUCGGGAUGUACCAGAAGCAGCUCCUCGACGCCCCCUUCGCCCUAAACGGCCACUGCGCUGACCAGCCACGCCACGCGCCGGCCGCCGCCGCCGCCGCCCCCUCGCCGUAUCCGCCCAACCCCUCCUCCUCCUCCUCGGGCGCUGCGCCCUCGCCGCACGCGCAGGCGGAUGGCGCCGGCCAGCCCCGUCGGCUGUUCCAGGCGCUCGUCGGGGGGAUCCUGCAGCGCGGCGCCGGAGGCGGCAACAGCGCGGCUGGGGAUCUGGAGGCGCUGGUGUCGUGGGCGCGGGAGGUCGCCGUGGAUCCCUGCGCGAAGCGGCCGGCGGACAGGCCGAGGAAGCGGCAGGUGCUGGCCUUGCGGCGCGCGCGCUACCUCAAGAUGGAGGACGUGGCGGACCAGGCCGAACUCCCCAGCUUCUCCAAGAAAAGGAAGUACAAAACUAAGAACCAGUCAGAAAGACCAAGGAAAGGGCCAACCCCAACAAGGAAAUCCGAGAGGCUAGCUAGGAGAAUGGUACUCAUGACAUCAGUGCUUCUCACGCAAAGGAAAAAGAUUGGAGUUGGUGAGCAGUUUCAGGCUGAGAUACCUGACUGGACUGGGCCACCUUCAGAAGCAGAGCUUUCUUGGUACAGGAAUGACCCGAACACCUCAAAGAUGCUAGGAAGCAGAACUUGGCCACCUGAAGGUUAUGUCUUACAGACAAAUAUUGUGGUAGCUGGACAGGGAAGGCCUGAAUCAUGCAAUUGUCCAUAUCCAGGAAACUUCUAUUGCAGAUUACAUCACAUCAACACCGCCAGGGAUCGGCUAAGGUCUGAAAUUGGUCAAGUUUUCAUGGAAUGGAAAUUUGAUUUGAUGGGUGAGCAGGUUUCUAAGAUGUGGAGUAUUGAGGAGCAACUAAAGUUUGCUGCACUUGAGCAGUUGGUUCCUGUGUUUGAAAAUAAGAGUUUUUGGGCGGUAGCGGCAAAACAUUUUGCCUCGAAGACCAGGGUGGACUUGGUGCAGUACUACCUCAAUGUUUUCCUCAUGAGAAGAGUUUCAAACCAGUGCAGGUUGAGUCUGUUGGAGAUUGAUAGUGAUGAGGAUGAAGCAGAGGAAGAGGAGGAUGAAGAUCAAUCUGAUGGCUCCAAUUCGUCCCAGAGGCCCCAGGAUGUCCAAGAGGUGAAGAAGAUUUUCUGAAUCUGCUGACAGCUACCUGGCAUGCAUUUCUGCAUGCGCGCCUGUUUUGAUGUGCUGAGACACUCAUCACCUUGAGUGAUCGAUCCUUCAGUCGCUCGCUUAGACCUAGCCAUCCGUUUUGCGCAGAAACUCAUGCGAAUUGCACACCAUUCUCGUUCUCAAUGCUUGUGUCAGGGUAACGGGCAAGCCAGUCAGUUGUGGCUUGAUGCUCAAAGAGCUCAUCUGAUAUGAAUGUUUUCCCGUGUACAGGAAAAAUGAAAUACAGAUCUUAAAGACUAAAGGGGUUAGAAAACAAAUGGUCAUUGAUUUCGUUUCUUUCUUGAGUGUUGGAGACUUGAGAGGGUCAACGUGAGGUGUGUAAACCAAAACCCGUUUGGCACUCUUACCUGGCAAAGUGUUUGGCAACUGUGUUUUUA